CUUAUAAAUACCGAAAACAGUCUGAUUCGCUUAUUUGGUAACCAAAUCUUGGUGUUUUACAUUUGCAAAAAAUAAUGGCCUACCUCGGAAAAUUGUACUCGCACGACAGAGAUGAAAACUACGAAUCUUAUAUCGAUACUUUAGGUCUGCCGGCUGAUAAAGCGGCAAACUUGAAGAACUACAAGCCACAACAGAAGCUAGAGAAGAAUGGAGACACCUACACAUUGACAUCUGUUAGUGCCGUGGGCAACCGGGUAGCCACUUUCAAAGUAGGCGAGGAGUUUGACGAGACAGUCGCCGAGGGACAUAAAGCAAAGACUACGUUCACCCUUGAUGGUAACACGCUCACUCAAACUCAAAAGUUCGCAGAUGGUAAUGUUUUGAACACCAAAAGAGAAUAUUUCGACGACAAACUGAUAGUGACGCUGACGAGGACAAACUGGGAUGGUACAGCUGUGAGAUACUACAAAGCUUGAAAUUUUAUUUGUAACUAAAUUUAUCAUUUUGUAAACAACUUUUUUAAUAUAAAUAAAACAUAAUAAACUUUGAUCCUUCUUGUAAUUUACUGCUGAA